AUGUUUCAUCGUGAAGGAGCGUCUACAGUACGACCACCUCUCUUGGAUGGAUCAAAUUACUCUUACUGGAAAUCGAAGAUGAAGAUGUUCAUCAAGUCCGUUGAUGAACGAGCUUGGCGUGCUAUCGUGACUGGUUGGACCCCGCCCAUGGCUAAAGGAACAGAUGGUAUGCAAACGGUAAAACCAGAAGAAGCAUGGACUAAUGAAGAGAUAUUACUUGCCAAUUACAACUCAAGGGCGAUAAACUCAAUUUUCAGUGGCGUUGGUGACAAUCAGUUCAAACUGAUAGCAUCGUGUGAAUCAGCAAAAAGGGCAUGGGAGAUCCUACAAGUGACGUAUGAAGGCACAUCAACUGUUAAAACAUCUAAGCUGCAGAUGCUAGCCACGAGAUUUGAGAGUCUUCAUAUGGAGGAGGACGAGACGAUUGCUGAUUUCCAUGCUAAGUUGUGUGAUAUUUCAAAUGAAUCGUAUGCAUUAGGUGAACAAUACUCGGAAACAAAGUUGGUAAGAAAGGCACUACGUUCAUUACCAGAAAGAUUCGCUUACAGAGUUGCAGCAAUCGAAGAAGUGAGAGAUAUCAAUACGCUAAAGCUAGAUGGACUCAUGGGUAAUUCUGUUAACCCUAACAAAUUUAAAAAGUUUUCUAAUAAUGGUUAUUCUGGUGAUGCAAAGUCUAGGAGAUUGCAAUGUCGAGAGUGUGGGGGUUUUGGACAUAUUCAGGCCGAGUGUGCGAACACUUUGAAGAAAAACAAGAUGUCACUCACCACUGUUUGGAGUGAUAAAGAGGACAGUGAUGAGGAUGAGAACAACAAAGAAGAUCAAACCACUAACUUUAUGGCAUUCAGUGGUACUACUUCAAUGAGCAGAACCGAGGGAACUGUUGCAACAGUCUGUCCGACAGAUUUCAGGUAUGAUGAAUUAUCUUUAAAUAAGGACAAUAGUCUAACUUCACCAUUUAAUUUUGCAGGUGAAUCUGAGAGCAGUAGUGAUGAUGAAGAGCCAACCCUCGAAGAGGUGAAAGAUGUAUAUGAAAAAAUGUACCGGAAGUGGCUUGAAGUAUCUGAGGUAAAUAAGCGCCUUGAAAAUGAUAAGCAUGUUCUCAUAGAGGAAAAUAAAGUGUUGAAGAAAGGGGGAGAAAAGAACAGUAACGAUGGCAUGAACACAGGGGGAGUUCUGACAACUGUUGCUACAGUGCAUCAGACAGUUGAUGGGCAGAAAUAUAGGACAAAUAAUAAGCAUUGUGCAGAGAAGUUGUUUCUGCUACUGCAUAUCCUUUUAUCUCGUGCUUAUCUGAACGAAUUAUCUGCCUUUAUUUGGAACUAUGAUGUUAUUCUGAAUUUGCUAACCCUUGUUCAUGCAGGUUGUGAGAAAGCAUUUUCGCCGUUCGAAGGGAAUUUGGUACCGAAAACGGAAGUUGAACCAAAAGUGGCUACAAAGGGGCCAUGUCGCGACAUGGACCAUAUGCCACAACAGUUUCAAUGGCCAUGUAGCGCGACAUGCAUCCAGGAUCGCGGCAUGAGGAUGCUGCAAAGUGUCAUGCCGCGGCACAAACAUGAUGUCGCGGCCUUAGGAAGUUCAAGAAAGAUUUGA